GACCGGAGAAAAUCAAUCCGAGUUUGCGCAUUUCACGCGACUGGCGCAGAAUUACACUUCGAGCUUCCACAGUUAUUGACAACGUUUAUUCUACGUUUCUUUUGUCCUUCAGCGUGUCAAAAGGCAGACGAUAGGGGACAGGAUUACGGUUUGAACGACUGUGGAUACUAAAAGGAGGCCUUGUUUCGCACUACCACACGUGUGCCGCUUUUUGCAAGCUGCGUUGCUUUUUCAGCGUGUUCAAUGAUUCCCGCGAUGCGAAAGCAUGCCCCUUUUGAUUCAGUCUCGUGCAAGUUGGAACGUGGAACGAAACGAAAUCCUCCUAUGGGGCGUAUAUGCAGUGUUGCACGAAAAUUCGAAGAUUUUUCACACAGGAGAGAACUAGACGCAAAGAAGUACGUGUCUCGGAACAGAAACGAUCAUUUUCUACCGCUUCUCGCUAGUAAAUCUGCCAUGCGAAAUUAAUUUUGCGAGCUGUUUGCAGGGAUAAAUGAGUUUCGAGAGUUAGUCUCAGGGGCCGCCGGCGUGAAACGGAAACGAUCCUCCGACGAAGCUUCGCUGAAAUCUAUUACAACUUGCUCGACUCGGGUUUCUCCACGUUGGUGCAAUAAUGACUCGGAAAAUGUCGAGUUUAAUGUUAUCGUUGAGUGCCUUAUUAGACGACCAACUUAAACAUUCUCCACAAUGCACCGUCGCUGUUCAGGAUUGCUCCUACGUAAAAAGCCUACGAGAGACACGUCCACAGAAAUGUUACGUUUCACGAGAAAUACCAACAAGCUAACGUUAAGUCAACGAUUAUUCUACGAAGAAAAUGGCUAUUUGAUAUUCCCCCAAUUAGUACCAAAAGAGAUACUCGAUAAAUGCUCCCAGAGGUUCGACGACAUCGUAGCUAACAAAGUUCCACGCGGUAGCAUAAUCGUGAUGCGCGAUGUGAAGGACAGGAAGUCGGUCAACAAGUUGCAGGAUAUAAACCACGAUGAAGUUUUCCGUGAAUAUAUCGAACAUAAAAGUAUUCUCGAUGUUGUGGAAGCAUUCACCGGGUCGAAUAUCAUGGCUAUGCACAGUAUGCUGAUCGCAAAACCACCUGACAUCGGAUUCGGUAGCUCCAAGCAUCCGCCCCAUCAGGAUUUAUAUUAUUUUCCUUUCCGGCCAGCUGAUGUGAUAGUGGCAGCAUGGACUGCUAUUGAAACGUGUACUCGCGAAAAUGGAUGCCUUUUCGUGUCUCCUGGCACACAUGCACUCGGUCAUUUAUACAAACACGACUAUCCACCAGGAUCGGAGCCAGGUUCCGUCAACAAAUUCUACCAUGGCAUUUUGGAUUUACCAAAGUCUGUGAAUUGGAAAUAUCUCGAAAUGCAACCACGUGAUACAGUGUUCUUCCAUCCCUUAUUAAUUCACGGAUCAGGCAUCAACAAAUCACAAAGCUCGAGACGAUCCAUUUCGUGCCAUUAUGCGGCCGCAGAAUGUCAAUACAUAGAUGUAAGCAAAUCAAUUCAAAAUCGAAUCGAGGACGAAGUCAUGGAACACGUACGUAAACGGUUCCCUGGCUUGGAGAUUAAUUAUCAGGACGUGUGGCGUCACAAAUCUACCCUCGUACACGGAAUUCGAUCAUCUUUAUGAAAAACAUUGUAUGACAGAAGGGAGAGAAGAGGGUGUUCUCGUGGCGGACGCUUGCACUGGAAGUACGACAUGCAGC